AUGGGGCAGAGCCAGGGCAGAGCCAGAGCGGGCAGACCCAAACCAGAGACGCGGCACGCGACGCGGGAGGGCGAGGAGCAGCGGCGGCGGCGCGGCGACAUCACGAGGCCACAGCCACAGCCAGACGCAACAGCCGAGGAGGGGCAGAGGCGACCGCCGAGAAGCCCGGCCACCAUGGACACCUUCUUCCUAUCGCACGGCUCGCCCACGCUCUCCAUCGACGAGAAGAUCCCGGCGCGGCACUUCUUCAAGUCGUGGGUGCCGGCGAAGGUCGCGGGCGACCAGCCCCCGCGCGCCAUCCUCGUCGUGUCGGGGCACUGGGAGACGGCCACGCCGGCGGUCAACGUCAUCCGCGGCAGCAACGACACCAUCUAUGACUUCUAUGGCUUUCCCAAGCCCAUGUACCAGCUCAAGUACCCCGCUCCGGGCGCUCCUGACUUGGCCCUGCGGACCAAGGAGCUCCUGGAGCAAGCCGGGUUCGGCCCCGUGAAGGAGGACCACAGCCGCGGGCUGGACCACGGCGCCUGGGUGCCGCUGAUGCUCAUGUACCCGGACGCCAACAUCCCCGUGUGCCAGCUGUCGGUGCAGACCGACCGCGACGGCACGUACCACUACAACCUCGGCAAGGCGCUGGCGCCACUGCGGGAGGAGGGCAUCCUCAUCCUCGGCUCCGGCAGCGCCACGCACAACCUGCGCAAGAUGGGCCCGUUCGACGCGCCCGUGCCGCAGUGGGUCGCCGAGUUCGACACCUGGCUCAAGGACUCGCUCCUCAGCGGAAGGUACGAGGACGUGAACCGGUACGAGGAGAAGGCGCCGCACGGGAGGGUGGCGCACCCGUGGCCGGACCACUUCUACCCGCUGCACGUCGCGCUCGGCGCCGCCGGGGACGCCGCGAAGGCGGAGCAGAUCCACCAGUGCUGGACCAACGCCACGCUCUCCUACGCGUCCUACAGGUUCACCACCAACAGCUGA